AUGCCCCCGACUCUGGUUCCAGCUUCGGCUCCGGCCCAAAUGCAGCCCGUAUCGGCGAUCUCAGCCGAUCACCAGGUCCGGUUGUCCACGUGCUCCGGCCUGUCGGUCGGCCAGUCGGUGCCGGCCUCUGUCGCCAUCUCCCCCUUCAAUAGACUCGGCUCACGGCGCCCAACCGGCUUUGGGAUGGGACUGGCCUCGAAAUCGGGCUCGGGCUCGGGGUCGCGGUUGGGGUCGGGGUCGGAGUCGGGGUCGAGGUCGGGGUCGGGGUCGAGGUCGAGAUGGAAGUUGGGACCUCAGUCGUCCGGUUCGGAGUCAGCUGAUUGGCAAGUCAGCAUCGGUCACGAGGUCGUCGGGCCGCCUGGCCAGCCAGCCGAACAGCCGGCCAGCAGGCGUGAGUGGGCGGUAUCAAGCAUCAUCGCCUUGUCAACUCGCGAGUGUGUGCUGCUUUCGGUGAGCACGGACAGGCUGAGAUUAACAAGAGAAACGAGGCCGAGGAGAGAUGCGCCGCGAACGGGCCUGGCAAUUGCUAAUUGCGCUUGA